GCCGCGGCUCUUGGGGCGGCGUCACUGCGGCUUCCGGCGCGGGUCGUUUGAAGGCGAUGGCGGGCGCGCUGUAUGCGCCACCGGGCGCCGCGGCCGGGCCCGACUCCUCCCUCUCGCUGCUGGAGGCGGACGGCGCGCGGGAGGCCGCCGCCGCCACCGAGGAGGAGGGCGGCGGCGGCUGCCGCGGGGCGGCCGAGGACCUGCUGCCCAUGGUGUUCCUGUGCGGCGGCUGCAAGCGGCCGGUGGGCGACACGCUGAGCUGGGUGGCCAACGACGAGGAGGCGGGCUGCAUCCUGCUGCGCGGUGCCUCCGCGAGCGUCUCGGUGGACAAGGAGCAGAAACUCUCCAAGCGGCCCGGCGAGUGCGGAUGCAUGGUUGAAACUUUGUCCUGUGCUGGCUGCUCAGCAAUCCUUGGCAGCAUCUACAGAUGCACGCCAAAGCACCUCGACUACAAGAGAGACCUGUUCUGCUUCAGUGUUGACUCGAUUGAAAGUUAUGUUCUAGGAUCCUCAGAAAAGCAAGCGCUUACUGAUGAGGAGCCUAUAACUCUUGAGAGUCGAGCUGUUUUGGAAGAAGCACUAGAAAGGGCAGACACCAUAUUAAAGGCACUGGAGGCAAGACUGACUGUAGUUGAAUCAGGUUUUGCUUCUCUUCAUAAUAAUAUCUGAAAAACUUCUGCAUAUGAACUAACUGUUGGAGAACGAUGUAUAUGAAUCUUGCACCUGUAAUCCUCUGGAAUCUAUGGGAACAUUGCAAAAGCCACGCAAAGAGCUGAAACGCAGGUGGCUCAUGCUGCGGUAGAGCAAUGCUGACUGAAAGUCAUCAUAGACAAGAAGUUCUUCUCUAAGAAUACCCGAGAGAGAAAAAUAAGGGUGUGUGGUUUUUUUUUGUGUUUUUUUUACUGCUUCUUAUAGACUUUGUUUAUAUACAAACAUUUAAUUUUUUAUCUCUGAAAGUAACAUAUUUUUCUCCUGAUUCCCUCGAAAUCUUCUUGCAUCAUCUUGUCUUCACAGCCUUUUUGUCACCUGUGCUGCUCCCAGACAGAAACAAGACAGUAACUGUUUUCUGCCAGCUCAAAGCUGAAAUGUAGUAAUCAUAAAGAAGACUAUUUUCUUCCUUUUGAAGCUCUGCUAUGCAUAUAAACAAGAUUGAUAGCUGUGCAUCUUUAAGCAAAGCUUAGUGUAUGUUUAAAUGAUGAACUCAAAACAUAAAUGAAGUAUGCUUGUCAAAGCAUUUCAUUGCUUAGUGUAGAUAUUUCAAUUAUUUGAUUUAGAUCUUCUAAAUCUGUAUAUGUCUAA